AUGCCUUCAGCCGAUGCCAAACCCAGAACCCUCUACGACAAGGUCUUCCAAGACCACGUUGUCAACGAACAGCCGGAUGGCACCGUUCUCUUGUAUAUCGACAGACACCUUGUCCACGAAGUCACCUCUCCCCAGGCAUUUGAAGGCCUGAAGAAUGCAAAGAGAAAGGUUCGCAGACCAGACUGCACUCUCGCCACAACCGACCACAAUGUCCCCACCACUCCUCGCAAGAACUUCAAGAAUGUCGCAGACUUUGUGAAAGAGGAAGACUCGCGAUUACAAUGUACAACCCUCGAGGACAACGUCAAGGAAUUUGGCCUGACGUACUUCGGCCUCGGAGACAAGAACCAGGGUAUUGUGCACAUUAUUGGCCCUGAGCAGGGUUUCACUCUGCCCGGCACAACAGUAGUGUGUGGUGACAGUCACACGUCUACUCAUGGUGCUUUUGGCGCCCUUGCCUUCGGUAUCGGUACCAGUGAAGUCGAGCAUGUCCUCGCUACACAGUGCUUGAUCACAAGACGCAGCAAGAAUAUGAGAGUGCAAGUCGAUGGCAAGUUGGCCCCUGGAGUCAGCAGCAAGGACAUCAUUCUUCAUGUCAUUGGCGUCAUUGGUACCGCUGGAGGAACUGGCGCAGUGAUCGAAUUCUGCGGCUCAGCCAUCCGCGGUCUGAGCAUGGAGGCACGUAUGUCCAUCUGCAAUAUGUCCAUCGAGGCAGGCGCAAGAGCCGGCAUGAUUGCCCCAGACCAGAUCACAUUCGACUACCUCAAAGGACGUCCUUUGGCACCAAAGGUGGACAGCAACGAGUGGAAAAAGGCCGUCAACUACUGGUCCAGCUUGAAGUCAGACGAAGGUGCCAAGUAUGAUACCGAGGUCUUCAUUGACGCAAAGGAUAUUGCACCUACCGUGUCCUGGGGCACAUCACCGCAAGACGUGGUCCCCAUCACAGGCGUCGUCCCCGGCCCAGAUGACUUCGAAGACCCAAACCGCAAAGCCAGUUGCAAGCGUGCGCUAGAAUACAUGGGCCUCACGGCUGGGAUGAAGAUGGAGGAUAUCGUCCUCGACAAGGUCUUCAUCGGAUCUUGCACAAACGCCCGGAUCGAGGAUCUCCGGGCCGCUGCAAAGGUUGUGAAGGGCAAGAAGGUUGCUCCCAACAUCAAGCGUGCCAUGGUCGUACCUGGCUCAGGUAACGUCAAAGACCAGGCUGAACGUGAAGGUCUGGACAAGAUCUUCCUGGAUGCGGGAUUCGAGUGGCGUGAAGCUGGUUGUUCCAUGUGCCUGGGCAUGAACCCAGAUAUCCUAUCUCCACGAGAACGCUGCGCAAGCACAUCGAACCGCAACUUUGAAGGUCGACAAGGUGCUUUGGGUCGAACGCAUCUCGUGUCGCCUGUCAUGGCUGCCGCAGCAGCCAUAGUGGGCAAGCUCGCCGAUGUGCGAAAACACCAUGAUGAUGCUACGCCGGUAAAGGGCUCCCCUAAGCUCGAUGUGAUGCCCGAGCACGUCGAGAUCGACUCCGAGGAGGAACUCGAGCGUAUCCUCGACAUCCCCACCGACGUCGGCCCCCACGCGAACGACAGCGCUGUCAGCUCCAGCAGCGGCCUUCCCAAAUUCACUGUCCUGAGGGGCAUAGCCGCACCCCUGGACAAGGCCAACGUCGACACCGACGCCAUCAUCCCCAAGCAAUUCCUCAAGACCAUCAAGCGCACGGGUCUCGGUUCUGCGCUCUUCCACCCGCUCCGAUACAACGAGGACGGCAGCGAGAACGCUUCAUUUGUCCUCAACCAGGAGCCUUACCGCCAAGCCAAGAUUCUUGUGGUCACCGGUCCCAACUUUGGUUGCGGCAGUUCUCGAGAGCACGCACCUUGGGCGCUCCUGGACUUCGGCAUCAAGUGCGUGAUUGCACCAAGCUAUGCCGAUAUCUUCUUCAACAACACAUUCAAGAACGGCAUGCUGCCGCUCAUCAUGCCCGACCAGGCGAAACUCGAGAAGAUCGCCGAGCUGGCCCGCGCCGGCAAGGAGAUCGAGGUUGACCUGCCGAACCAGGUCAUCCGCGACGCCGACGGCAACGACCUGGCGCGCUUCGAAGUCGAGGAGUUCCGCAAGCACUGCCUUGUCGAGGGGCUCGACGACAUCGGCCUGACCAUGCAGAUGGAGGACAAGAUUGCCAGCUUCGAGCAGAAACGGACUCUGGACACGCCGUGGCUCGACGGCAGCGGAUACCUCAAGAAGUGGCGCAAGGGCCCCGUCAAGGUCGAGGCCGCACCUGUCCCCAAGACGAACCGUGGCGAAGUCAAGACCGAUCCAGUCGAAUGGUAG